AUGGCAAAUCAACAGUCAAAUGACAAACGUAAUGAUGCUCCUUCAGCUCGUCCUUCACCUUUAGGUGGAACAAGUGGUGAUAAUCAAGCACGUAAACGUUUAUUUUCUAAAGAACUUCGUAACAUGAUGUAUGGUUUUGGUGAUGAUCCACAACCAUAUGCUGAAUCAGUUGAAUUACUCGAAGAUCUUGUUGUACAAUAUAUAACUGAUAUGACAUUAGAAGCAGCUGAAAUUGGUAGUAAUAAACAAGGUCGUAUUGUAGUUAAUGAUAUUUUAUAUUUACUUCGACAUGAUCCAAGAAAAUAUGCACGUGUUAAAGAACUUUUAUCAAUGAAUGAAGAAUUAAAAAGAGCUCGAAAAGCAUUUGAUGAACCAUCAAAAGGACUUGAAUAA